AAUAAACGAUACAAACUUGUUAUCUGGAGAAAAAUGAUUGAAAAACUCUCUUUUUUGUGUUUUACUUUGUAUUUAAAAAAUUCACAUGAUUCUGAUAUUUAAUAUCAUGCCUGAGAUCAUUUACUACUUUAUUUGAUCGAUUAUACAUGAAAUUGAAAUUGGAGAAAACGUGGGUUUUGUCUAUUUUUCUUCUAAUUCGAUUUUUGUUCUAUGCAAGAUGCGUUUGUUUUGAAAUCAUUUAAUGUUCUUUUUUUUAUAUUUAAAAUAGUAAUUUUUUCUCUGCAUCUUCCUGAUUUCUUCCAUUCAUUGUAUAUUGACAUGUCUACAGUUGGAAAAUCCAUGUGUUUUAUUUUUCUAACUUGCUUUGACAUUCUGACGAGUAAGAAUUAUGCCAUGUAUUUGGCUCUAGUGAAGAUGUCUUGAUUCAUUUAAUUUAAUUUUCAAGUUUGUCCUGUUUAUCCUAAAAUAUAUUGUGCAAAAAAGGUAAAAUUAGAAACUAUCAACGCUUAGGCAAGAAAAUUUAAUUUCCUGGUAUUUCAGUUUCAAACCAAAGAUAAAUUUGAAGUCAUUUGGAGCUUUCUUCUCAUAUAAUUUCUGGAAGAAACUACACCCUUAACCUGGAUUCUUCACUGUUUCAGAAUUUCUUGCAUUAAAAUUGGCUUCGUUGUUGAGUGACAGUAUGGCUUUGGCCUUAACCAAUCUUUCGUGGUGGUUAUGGAGUGGGAAGCAUCAACAGUCAAGACUCUCCAGUGGCUCUUCCUUGAGUUCUUCACCUGAGUCUGGUACUUGGGAAUCUGAUGCUCUGAAGUUUCCUUUGGUUAAGAGGGCCAAUGUGGCCUCAUCAUCGAGAAAGGUGAAGCGAAAAUGGCAUAGUCGGGAAGAGAGGAAAAUCGACCGGGAGUAUGAUGUUGUUCUUGUGCCGUCGGAUGGUGGAUGUGUUUCUGGUUCUGAAUCUGACGACUCAGAUUGGUCAAUUGGAUGGUUGGAGCCUCAUGGACCUGAGUUUCAGAGUGAUGAUGAAACAGACGACAGUUUUGCCGUGCUUGUCCCAUGCUAUGGUCGUGGUCUUGAGGAAAUGGUGACAGAUACUAAGAACAAUAUUUUGAGCACUGUUGGGAUCAUUCCAGAUGGAUAUUCAGCUGAGAGCAAGAAGAACAUAGAACAGUGGCUUUCUUCUCUCCAGAAUUGCUGAUGUUCUGAAAUGUGUGGAAUUGAAGUGAUCAAGUAUAGCAGAAGAAAACAUAAAAAAGGGAAGAAAAAAAAACAAAAAAAUGAAAAAGUUGAGACAUUCCCGGUAUGAUUUUAAUGCUGGAAGAAAAUAUUCGUUAAUGUUGAUUGAAGCUAAUAUUUUUGAGGAGCAGACGAUACAGGAUUCCAGUGCUAUACAACUGGUAGAUGACUUGGUCGUUUUUAACAGCUCCUGCUGUAGACAUGAUUGGGAAUUUGGGACAAGUGGGCUGCUGCUGCCUUCCUGUUCCACAUUUGAGAAUAAGGAGACAACACCAAGAGAAGGAAAAAAAGAACAGCAAAAUAGCUGUAAAUUUACAGGAAAAGCACAAAAAAAGUUUUGGCUAGAGAUGAUUGAAGAAUAAUUUUAUUAAUUGGCGUGUGUGUGUGUUCCUGCUUUGUGAUUCUUGUAUGUAAAUAACGUGUACAUAUUAGAAGUGGGUCUAUGUUCGAAGAGCUUUGUAAGUAACUUUGUGGAUAAUUAUGUCUUGUUGUAGCAAAAACUUUAUAUGGCUUCUGCAAAAGCAGGGCUAACUCUGUAACAACUUUGUAAAUAACUUAGUGAAUAACUUUUAGUUCUUAUUUCUUUA